UCCUGCUGCACGUCUGUUCUUUUGGGUUUUUUUUUUCUUCAGUCUGGUACGGAGCAGCUUCCGAGGAUACACAAAUUAGCGAAAGCAUAUUUUAAUGCAGUCUAACAUUUACUAAAGGAUGCUGUUGCAAGCUUUACGCAUUAUUAUGGACAAACGCGUCCCCGGGGUUUAUUUCCUGACUUAAAGAUGUAUUGUAUUUGUCGACAGCUGGAUUAUUAGUGAAAAUUCAACUUCAGUUUUUCCUAAACGCACCUAUAAGCUUGCCUUGCAAUGCACGGGGAAAAGCACAGCUUUCUUUCACAGCCUGUGGUGAAAAAUAUUUACGUCUUUCGAAAUGGGGACCCUCAUUACGAAGCUCGGCGCUUGGUGAUCAACGAAAAGAGGGUUUCUAACUUUGAAACACUUUUACGAGAGGUCACCGGAGGUGUGAAAGCCCAGUUCGGUGCGGUCCGGAACAUCUACACCCCCAAAGGCGGACAUCGGGUCGAGUCGAUGGAGCACCUCCAGAACGGAGAGCAGUAUGUUGCGGCCGGACGAGAGAAGUUUAAGAAACUGGACUAUUUGCAGAUCGGAAACAGGAAGAAAAGAAUGCUGCAGAACAACGGAAUGGUGAAACCAGUAGCCCAAAGCCGAAUCACCGUGGCUGCCAGGUUCCUGAAGCCAAUUAAGGAACCCUGUGCCAUUUUCGUUCUGGCAAAUGGAGACGUGUUGAAUCCAGCUGUGAGGUUUUUGGUUCCAAACCGUUUGCAGGGUCAAUUGGAGCGCAUUCUGGAGAUGAUCACUGAGAAAAUGGGCCUGAGAGUUAUGGGAGGGGUACGCAGCCUGCACACAUUUGAUGGCGUUCCCAUCACAGAUGGGAAGGAACUGGAACAAGGCCAGUUUUACGUGGCAGUCGGCAGGAACAAGUUCAAGAGGCUUCCCUACUCAGACCUGCUUUUCACGAGACCGAUGGGCAUGAGGAGAGUCAUCAGAUCCAAAGAAGCUUCACUUCCACCAAUUUAUGGCAUUAGAAGACAAACUGGAGAUGUGGAGAACCACCUCAGUAAGUCCAUGGUGGGAUGUGGAGAAGUCAAGGCCAGCCCGCCAGCAGAGGGCACCAAGGUGGGCAUGUCCUCCUUGAUUCGGGAGAUCUCCCAGGCCAGGCUGGUGACCUUGCGGAAGAAGCGCAGCGGCUUGACCGUGUCCCUCAGCGCCCAGGACAGCGACUGGAACGACCAGAAGGCAGAGGAGGAGGAGGCCAAGCCCCCAGAGGUGGAGCCUUCAGCUGAUGGACAGGAACAGGCAGAUGAGGAUGAGGAGGCGGGGCCCGACGAAGAAGCCGCCACCCAUGUCACUGAGGAGGCGGAGCCAGCGGGACAGGAGGCAGUGGAAGGACCCGAGGAGGGUGGAGAGGGCGCAGAGGACAAUGGUACAGCAGGGGGCGACGAGGAGACGGCAGGGUAG